AUGCUAUCUUUCCCAAUCCCAGACAGCCACAAUGUGCCCAAGUUUGUGCCUACUAAACUGGCAGAGCUCUUGAGGUUUAUUGACCAGAUGGAGGAUUUAUACAAAGAACAUAAGAUAACAGAUGAUAAAAAAAAGAUAGCGCGCUUAGGAAAGUACGCAUCUGCAGACACAGAAGAAGAAUGGAAAGCAUUUGAUUUGUUCAGAGGCAAUAGUUGGGAUGCAUAUAAACAAGAAGUGAUUAGCAGUUAUUCUGCUGCCACUAAUCUAGUGCAUGGUUCCUACUUAAAAAUCAAGAAAAUCUGUGCACCAUAUGUUGGAAGGAAUCGCAUAACAUCUGACGACAUUAGCAAGCUCUUAAAGUUGAAGCGAGCUUUUGGAGCGGCUGCAGCAAAGAUCAUGAAAGAUCCGCCACUCAUUUCAAACCAAGAAGUGGUAGAGCUCUUCUUAGGGUGUUUGAGUACUUCAUUCAGGACUCGAAUCCGUGACAAGAUGGAUGACGCCUUGGACAGCAGGAGAUUAGCCGCAGAAAACUUGGUUGGAGAAGAGCGCAAAGCUGCGUUAGCAAAGUUAGAAACGCGCUUAGAUGAUCGAUAUUGUUAUUCAGAUGUAAUUGCGAUGGCAAUCAAAAUAGUGGAUAGAGUGUCACAAGCUUCUGCUAUGGCAAUUGACCUGACCGAUGACAGGGAUGAUGAGGAUAUUCCGAGAGAAUAUACCAAAGAAAUUAAGAAGGAAUAUAAUAAGGCAGAUGAUGUAGUGCCUAAAAUUGAAGAAGCUGUCGCGCAGAUUAGCAAUAUGCUUAACCUUCUAAUGAAGAAAGAAGCGGCUAGGGACAAGCAGAAUGAGCUCUUUGAUAGGAAAGAUGGAGGCAGAGUUUACAACAUAGAUGGUUCCCGAAUUGCUCAAGAUGGAAACAAGAGCAUAAAGGAAGUAGUCAAGCAAAGAAACGCACCUAGACUAGGUGUGAUUCCAAUUGCUAAGUUGCCACCUCAACCUGGGUUUUUCCAAGAUCAGGAGAAUGAUGAUUAUGAAGUCGACAAUGGGGAUAUACAGAUAGCUCGCAUAAUGACAGCGCUCUUACAACAACAUGGUCAAGACACAGUAGAGCGGGUAGUUACAAACCUUUUGAGGAAGGGUCGCGUUGCUCGGAAUGUGUUACUCACAACCCGCUUAGCAACUAAAAAUCUGGAGAACAAAAAUGCAAAUAAAAAGGUUACAUUCAAAGAAACAGAAAACAAUGAAGGCAGUGUUGAAGAAGAUGAACUGGAUGAUGAAGAAGAAAGCCCACCUAUGAAAGUAGGGCCUCCAAAGCAUCAGAAAGUCGAAGUCGUGAUUCCUAUCAGAAGAGCGCUUACCAAGAAACCGGAAGUUGCAGUGCCAGAGACAGUUACAACGCCCAAGAAAGAGAAAGUACCUGAAAUUCUGUUUGUAGGGAUACCUCCUAUUGAGAUAGUAGAGCGCCUGACGGAUACAGACAAACCUACACUUGAUACUCCAGUAGUCAAGCCAGGCCCUGCAUAUAGAACAAGAGAACCUAUCAAAGCAGAGGUGGAAGCUGACAAUAUAAUUGAUGAAAUACUGGAUUUGAAAGUAGGUGUGCCUCUCAAGCAACUUGUAGGCAAUACACCUGCAGUUAGGGAAAGACUCAGGAAGAGAUUUACCAAAACAAGACAAGCAUUGUUGCAAGAAACUAAGAGCGCUUAUGAGCCUUAUGCCGAAGACAUAGAAUUAGAUUGA